AUGCAGAAGUACAGUAUGUUGAUGGCUCAAAUAGGUUGUGCAGCCAUAGGUGUUUUGGCGUUUACAAUAUUUGGACCUGGAUGGCUUGCCAAGAGUGCUAGUGUUGCAGCUUGUGUUGCCUACAUGAUUUACACCGAUUCUGUUCAUCCCCCGGCCGUAAGCAUGCCAUUGCUUUUCAUUGAUGGUGUUAAGUUGCAAACCUUGAGCUUCUGGUAUGUUUUGUAUCCCGGAGUAGCUGGAUGCAUUCUUCUCUGUUUCAUUCAAGAGGUGGUUCUAUACAUGAAGAAAAAUUUCAAAUUCUGA